CUAGCAGCAACUCAAUGCGAAAAAAAAAACAGUUUGGGCUCGGACCGGUCUGGACCAGUCGGGCCGGUCCACUAUAUAUAGAUCUCGUAGCCCGCCUCUAAUGCCCCCUGUUCAGGCCUCUGGUCUUGGUCGGCCGGGCUAGGCCGGUCCUGCACAGUAACGGGUCAGGCUGGGUACCGGGUCGGGUCAAACCUGCUUAGUUCAUGCCUAUUACCUUUGUCGUGCACGGGAUAAAAUAGAAUUGUCAUGUUUUUAUUCCCAAAAUAGGAGUAAUUACUGUCACGUUUUGAAAAUAUUGCCAUUUUUAAAGUUUAGUACUACCAAAACAUGACAGUAAGUAGUCAUAUUUUGGGUAUAAAAACAUAAUAGUCCUAUUGUGGAAUAUAUGAAUGUUUUAGUCGUAUUUAGGGUAAUUUCUCUUUUAUUUUAGCUUUACUAUAUGUGUGUGCGUGUACUGGUAUAUGUAUGAGUUAUUAGAGUUAAUGGAAAGUCACUUAUUUAGUUGAUUAUAACAUUGAUUGAUAAUGUGUAUUCUUAUUUAUUGAGUAUGUCUUAUGUUUUAAAUAAUUAUCUAAACAUGUUGCCAAUGAGUUUUUACCACUUUUGGUCCCCCGAGUAUUGUGUCAGUGACACUUUUGGUACACGACUUUUAAUUUUUCCAUUUUUAGUCCUCGACUAUUGUUCGUGAGACACUUUUAGUCCUCUACUUUCAAGUUUCCCACAUUUAGUCCUUUGAGUAUUAUCAAAUUGACACUUUUAGUCCUACUACUAUGAUUUUGACACAAUAAGUGGAGGACUAAAAAUGUCUCUAUUGCAAUAGUUGAAGGACCAAAAGUGUCACUUCUACAAAAGUUGAAGGACUAAAUACGGAAAUUUUCAAAGACGGAUAUCAAAAGUGUCUCUCGCACAAUAGUCGAGGAUUAAAAGUGGAAAAAUUAAAAGUCGAGUACCAAAAGUGUCACUGACACAAUAGUUGGGGGACUAAAAGUGGUAAAAACUCUGUUGCCAAUCUAUAUAUAUUAUCGAAUCAAAAAAACCAAUUAUUUUAUAACUCUCGUUGCAUCCUAAUGAACUUCGUCUUUUCAACCAUCUUUAUCUAAACAAAAAAAAAUCCCAAUGUUUUUUUAGAAAAAUGGCCUGAUUAUGACACCCUGACUCUUCUUUUCCAAAUUUAUGACUGUAUUCCAAUUUCCCUAAAACAUGACAGGUUGUACAUCUCUCUCCCAACGUCUCUACACUCUCCCCAAGCCACCUCCGUUCACCUCAUCCUCAACGACAAAGCCCCUGCAGCUCCUCAACCAGAUCAUCUCCCAGGCUUAUUCUAUCCAGCCACCGCAGCUUUCCAGCCGCCGCCGCCAUUCUCCAACAGCCACUCUCUUCUUCUCUCUUCUGCAACCGCCACUUAUCAUCCUCGUUGCUCGAUGGCCGUGCCUCUGCCGGAUGUUGGCCGAUGUUCGCGCCUCUGUUGCCUUAUGGUCAAUGGUCGCGCCUCUGCUAGCUUCUUCGCCGUCCUAGAUGGCCACCGGUGCUAGAUCCGCCGCCUGGAUGGACAAUAACAGCGAUUUAGGACCGCUGGUGCCAAAUCUACCGUCCUUGAUGGACGACGCCUGCGGUUUUGGGGCCGCCGGUGCCAAAUCUGUCAUGCAUCUUGAUGGACGACGACUCUGAUUUGGGGCUUUCGCUUCUGGUGGGGGUGCGGCGAGGGUUCGAUAGUGGUGGGGGUGCGGAGAGGGUUCCAUGGUGGUGGGGGUGGUGGCAUAGCUAAGCUUUUGGGCCAACUGGUUUGAAGGAGGAUAGGGGGCGGGGCAGGGGAGGGGGGUUGGGCGGCUGGUGACCGGAAAUGGGCUGGGGUCGGGGAGGGGUUUGGGGGGUUGGGGAGGGGGUGGUGACGGAAAUGGUAAGCCAGGUGGGCUAGAUGGCGGUGACCGGAAAGUGGCGGCGAUGGGUGGAUUUGGGCGGGCGGAUAAUCACUUUGGUCGGUGGGUGGGCAGUCACUUUGGACGGGUCACUGUGACUGGUGGGCGGGCAGACAGUCACUUUGAGCGGGGUCACUGCAACAGAUGGGUGGACGGGCAGUCACUUUGAUCAUGGGUAGUCACUUUGACCGGAGUAACUGAGAUAGUGACUGCGGCGGCGGUGGUGCUGACGGCGGCGGCUGUACCGAUGAAGGCGGUGGCGGAGGUGCCAGUGUCGGCGGCGGCGGUGCUGACGGCGGUGGUGUUGGGGUCGGCGGCCACAGAGGUGAUGGUGGCUGACUACUAAUCAAAUAUAUAAAGGAGAUAUUAAAAUAAUGAAUACUACGUAUAUGAUUAAAUACAGAAAAAAUGGCAUAGAUAUGACUUGUAGAGUUUGGUUGGACAAAAAUAUUAACAAUUUAGAUUUGGACAAAUAAGUGACUCAGCAAACCCAUCCGCCCUCUCUCUCGACAUUUCUUCCGCAUCCUCUUCUUAUCUUUCCCCAUCCUCUUCUUCCCAUGUUGCUUCUUCUUCUCUCGACUACCGCUUUCUUCUUCACCACCUCCGUUUUUCUGCCGUCGCCGCCCUGCCGCAAAUCUUCAUGUUCUCCUUCACCGUUGGCUGCAACUGAACCUGAUUGCCUCCUCCAUCAUCCUUGAUGACCGUGCCUCGACUGGAAUUAUCGUCCUCGAUGGUAGACGCCUUCGUUAGUGCCAGAUCCAGAUUCGUCGGUGGAUGAUGACUCAUUUUGGGGCCUCCGAUUCUGGAUUCGCCAAACUCGGUGACAACUCCGAUUCAGCGCAACAAAUGCUGGAUCCGUCGUCCUAGAUGUCGGAGAGGGCCUGUGAGAAUGACAGGGGAGGGAGCUUGGGACAGGGGGUUUAGGCUGGAUGAGGAUCUGGUGCGUAGUGCUAGCUAGGGGCGGGGAGUGGGGGCUAGGUGGAGAUUUGGUGCACAGGGAUAAUAGCUGGGAGUGGGGCUAGGGGCUGGGGAUCUAGUGUGUCGGCUUUGACAGGUUGGGACAGGGCUAGAAGCAAGCGUUGCUGGUGGAGCUGGUGUGAGGCGUUGCUAGGUGGGGAUUGGGGUUAGGGCAUUUCAGAUCUGGUUUGGUUGGAGCAGGGGUUGGAACAGGCAGAUGGUCGGAGUUUAAGCUUGGGAGGUGGUUGGGGGCAGGUCAGAGGCGGGGCUAGAGGGUGCUAUGGGCCUAUGGAGGGGGUUUGGGAGCUGGGGAGGGGUGGCCGGAAAGUGGCGGCGGUGGACGAGUUGGCGGGCAGUCACUUUGUCCGGUGUCAUUGUGACGGGUAGACGAGCAGUCACUAGCGGGCAGAGUCAUUGUGAUGGUCGGAGUCACUGUGACGGCCGGAGUCACUUUGACCGGAGUCACUGAGAUAGUGACUGGCGGCGGUGCCGGUGACAACGGCGGUGGCGAAGGCGGUGCCGAUGGUUGCAGCGGCGGCCACGGAGGUGCUGGUGGCGGCACAUUAUGAACUUUUAAUCAAAUAUAUAAAAGGAAUAUUAAAAUCAUAAAUGUAUGAUAAAAUACAAAAAAUAAAUGACAUUUAGUCACUUUUUGGGAAAAAUCAAAAGAGGACACAUUUUUUCAUUCAUUUUAGUAAUAUUGGAAUAAAAAGGCCUUAAAUACAAGGAAUAAAUACUUUUAUUCACUUUUUUGGAAAAAUUUAAAACAUGUCACAUUUCAGUCUUUUUCAUUCAUUUUAGUAAUUUUGGAAUAAAAUGCCUUUUUUAUCCAUUAGAUUUCAUCCGUAGUUUACUGUUUUUUGAAAACUAAUAACUACACAUUUUUGUAAUUUAUUAAUUCAAUAAUGGGUCUGGUCAUUCUUGAAAUUGAGCAAAUUAAUUCUUCUAUCUCCUUUAACAAAGGAGUCCAAAAUAUAUAGUUUUGUAACAUUCCGAUUUUAGUGAAGGUAAUGGCGGCGACAACAGGUCGGCUGCAUAACGCGAUUAGUAGUGGUCAAUAUAUUUUUCAAUAGAUUGAUUCAAAAUAAGUGUUAUUGAACGAAGAAAACUAAGAUAGCAAAUGAUUUAGACUCUUAGUAGACAAUUUUUACCUAGAAGGUCAACUGAAUUAAAUCAAUAAAAAUAUUCUCACAUCAACAGGUAAAUUAUGCAAUAAAAAAUAAAAAAUAAAGAUGUUCCAUAUUACUAAACAAAAAAUGAUCUCAAUUUUAUGAAGAAAUUGUACGAUAUUAAAGUUACAUCAAUGAGUAAAAGAAUUACCCUUUAUACAUGCAUAACUUAUUUAUCUACCUGUUAAACACCACUUUUAGUAUCAUGAUAUGAUUAGUAUAUAUGUAAUCAAUAAAGUUUUCAAAGAUUUCAAACUCUCUGCGAAAAUAUAUUAAGAUUUAUGUUAAUAGUUAAUAUAUACACUAAAGAAAAAUAAUUUUUACUUUCGUAGAACAGAUCACAAAAUUGAUUCCAGAUCAAAAUAUCCUUAACUAGAAAGGUGAACACAAAUUUGAGAUAGCAUUAAGACAAAUGUGUAUGUAGCAAAUUUUAACACAUGCAAUCUUAUUUUUUACUCGGGUAAAAGAUGUUUUAUUUUUUUAGUUUUAUUAUACUACGUAGAAUGUAAGAAAAUUAUUUAACUAUGUCGCUCCAUGACAUAUAAAGAGCUAGGGUUAUUGAAAAAAGAUGUCAAUAUCUAAUUCAAUAGUCAUAGAACCCGGUACUUGUGUAAAAAAUACUACGUAACAUUUUUGCCACUAACUCGAUGCCCUCCAGAGCUCCUAUUGCCGAGAUGGUUAGAGAAGCAUAAGAGGUAUUCCAAACGGUACUCGAACGUUAUUUGCGCUAAAAUAACAAUCAUGUUAAUGACUUUAAUGGAUUCAAAGUCUUUAAAAAUUAGUCCCUCUGUACAUUAAUAUUUUUUCAAGUUGAUGGACAUCGGUAAUAUUUAUGUAAAAACUGCGUAAUUGAGAUUUGUGAAGAAGAAAAGAAAUAAUUAAUAAGAACCAUGAAUUAAUUGAUUAAAAAUGAAACUAACAAAUUUUUUGGGACAACCAAAAAUCACUUGCUCAAAAUAGUAUAUUACACCGACCUUUACCAAAUCCACAAUAUCUUCGUCGAGGCAAUGGAGUGUCCCUACACCGGCCUAAAUCGGCUAUUGAGUGUGGUAAUAGUAUUAGUACACUUAAGAUUAUUAUUAUUAUUAUUAUUAUUAUUAUUAUUAUUGUUGUUGUUGUUGUUGUUGUUGUUGUUAGACUUUGAACGCUACUACUCCCUCCGUCUCAAAUAAAGGUUCUCAAUUUCAUUUUAUCCUUGUAAAGGUUCUCAUUUUUAUUUUAUGAAAUGAAGUGAUAUGAUCGACACAAGUGAUAUUCUAGGAUAGGAUAAUUGGGUUGUCUCAACUCUCAAAUGAUAUUUUGGAACACAAUAAUAUGGCCUCUAAAUGGUUGUAGACCAUAUAGAGUCACACAUUUGAUUGUCUCUAAAUGUGAUUUUCGAGUCAACCAUCAUUUAGCGACAACCAAUAAAUUGCCUCUAAAAGUGAUUAGAAGUCACUUCCCUAUACUUUAGAGACAACCAUGUCCUGCCUCUGAACCAUUUUCCUUAGGGUAUGUUUGGGAGUUUGGAGGGAAGGAGAGGGAAUGGCUUUGGAGAUAUGUUGUUGGAGGGGAAAGGGAGGGGAGGGUGAGGAAGCCCUUCUUUGUAUUUGAGAGUAAUAAAAUUGGAAGGAGAAGAUUUUUGAAGGAUUUAUAAUUAAAAUCACUUUGAGAUAUGAGGAAUUCAAAUCAUUGAGCUGAUAUUCGUUUCUAAUUUAGCUUAAAUUGUCAUCUUGUUAAUUAUCCUCCAAAACUCUCCAAAUUGGGGAAACUUAAAAAUUAAGCAUUUGGAGGGUUUUGAAGGGUUACAAAUGCCCUCCAAAACCACCCCUCCAAUUUUUUAAACUCUCAAACAUGAAAAGGAGAGUCAUAACCCUCCAAAACCCAACUCUCAAACACACCCUUAAAGGAUGUAUUUCCUCCUGCUUCCUGCACACCUGCUAGGUCUGUCACCUCUUCAUGGUAUUCAACACCAAAUUGACUUUGUUCAUGGGAUAUCUUUACCAAAUAAGUUCUACCGAGCACGCUGAGCUACGAUGUCAAGUUGAAGAAUUACUUCACACAGGCUUCAACAACAACACCUGGGAAUAAGUCCUUCAAAUAGAAUAACCCUUCAUGUAGUUUCCUAGUUUAACUACACUUGGUAUUAUUUCCUAUCUUAGGAUUUUUUGCCUGUACAUAUGGCUUUGUUCUUACUGGAAAGGGGUCAUUUUUAUUGGGAAUUCUUAUUAAUCAAUAUACCAUUUAGUAUUCAUAUAUUCAUUUAUAUUGAGUCCUUGAAUGAAUUUUCCAGAUAUUCAUAGAAUCAAC